GGGGGUGGUCGGCCUGAAUUACGAUGCGGAAGAAGAGGCGAUAAGAACUCGGGGGAGGAGGGGGGUGGGUGUUAAAGGGGCGGUUGUUGUAAAAAAAGCCUCCGUGAUUGGUUCGCCCAUUCGGACUCAGCUGUUUUAAGAUAAUCUUUCUGCUGUUUGCGUUUGCUGAGGCCAAGGUGUAUUUAGAAGUGUGUGUCGCUAUGGGGGGAAAAAAACAGGACAGAAGAAAAAUGGGUGAAACACUCGCAGAACCCCCUUUCCUCAGCGGCGAUCCCUCCACACGUAUUAUUUCGAAUGCUCUGCGCAUCUCUAUGGUGAUUGGUGGGAAGGAGCAUUCUGGGUCACGUGAGGGGAAAAGCAGAGGGCGGCCUGUUCCGCUUCCGGUUCCGCUGGGGGGUUGGCAGGCGGAGAAAGCAUGGAAGUGGUAGAGGCGAGCGGCUGCAGCUUGCCGGCGAGGCGAAAGCGAGCGCGGAAAGAGUGGCGCGAAGACGAUGCGGGUCGCGGGGCUGUUAGCGAGGGGGACUCCCUUAAGGCGGCUGAAGAUCCGAUGGACAAAGCCCGCCGGUCUCGGCACUUGGCGCUUCUGGCAGAAAAAUCUGCAGCGGACCGUCGCCUGGAGGAGUUGGUGUUCGGGGAUACGGAAGAGGGAGAGAGCCUGCUAAGGCGGCUGCAAGACCGCCCUUUUGUUCAGCAAGGUGAAGUAGUUAGUGGAAACCUACUUGACGAGGAGUCUUGUAAUUCAGAAUCUGACGAUGAAGCGGACAACUUUCUGCUCUCUAAAAAGCCGGCAUGGGUGGAUGAGGAUGAUGAAGCUGAGGAAGCAAUUGACAUGACUCACCGAUAUAGGAAAAAUAUGAUGAAAAGUGAUGCAGAAAGAAAACUUACUAAGGAAAAGCUUCAGAGAAGACUUCAAGAAGAAUUUCAGAGCGCUAUGGGAGCAACCCCUUCUUGGGCACAGAGGUCUAUGAAGAAGAAAAAUAGAAAAACAGAAAAUGAAGAUGACAGUGAAGAGGAUGAAGAUGCUGAUCUGCUACACAAGACGGGCAAUUUUGUGACCACAUCUGAGUCUUUACCAAGAGGUAUUUUACAGAUGAAAAAGUGCUUGCAUGCUAAUAACGACCGUCUGUCAGAUGCAAAACUGACAACUGUACAGUUCCAUCAUUCUGCUCAAGUUGUUAUGACAGCUGGGGUUGAUCAAUCUGUAUCACUGUUCCAGGUGGAUGGUAAAACUAAUCCAAAGAUACAAAGCAUCUAUUUGGAAGGUUUUCCAGUCUACAAGGCACGUUUCAGUGCAGAUGGAGAGCAAGUUAUCGCUACUAGUAUACGUGAAAAGCUGUUCUAUAUAUAUGACAUGAUGGGUGGAAAGAUUAUUCCUGUAAACCAUAUCAGAGGUUUAGAGGAGAAAUUUGUCAGAAAAUUUGAAGUAUCUCCAGAUGGAUCAUUCCUCCUGAUCUCUGGACUGUCAGGAUAUCAGCAUUUAAUAUCAAUGAAGACAAAAGAAUUUGUUGGCAGCAUGAAAAUAAAUGGGAGAGCUAUUGCAUCAUCUUUUUCUCCAGACGGCAGUAACAUCUAUACACAUUCGGAUGAAGGUGAAGUCUUCAUAUGGGAUGUGAAAAGUAGGCGGUGUUUGAACAGAUUUACUGAUGAAGGUUGUCUGCGUGGAACAUGCAUUGCAGUCUCAAAAAAUGGCCACUAUGUGGCUUGUGGUUCCAGUUCUGGAGUUGUGAAUUUGUAUGCCCAUGACGACUGUCUCAGAAAAACCAAUCCUAAACCUCUGAAAGCUAUAAUGAAUCUUGUCACUGCUGUUACAUCACUGUCCUUCAAUCCCACUUCAGAAAUACUGGCAAUUGCUUCCAAAAAAAUUGACGAUGCAGUGAAGAUGGUCCACAUUCCUUCCCUUACGGUAUUCUCAAAUUUUCCUCUGUCCGGAAGAAAGGUAAUAUACUCGGCUCAAUCCAUGGACUUCUCACCCAGAAGCGGAUUUUUUUCUAUAGCAAAUGACAAAGGCACAGCUUUAUUGUAUAGGUUGCAACACUACUCAGACUUCUAAGCUGCCUACUUUAGAAUGAGGUGCUGAAAUCUGUGGGUUUAAGAAUGUGGAUGUAUUUCAUUGCUUUGUUAAUUUUUAUUUGCAUCUUUCCUGAGUAAUAAUACACAAUGAAUGGUAACUUUACAAA